CCUCGCCGCGCCCGCCCGCCGUGCGGCUGUCAUGCGCUACUCUUCCUUGCCCAAGGACGCACCGCAGCCUCAGGCCCGGGCGAACGAGAACCAGCGCGCCACAAACCUCACCGACAUGCCCCAGAGCAAGAACUUUUACGCCAAGGUCCUUAUCCCUUCCCUCAUCGGCGCCGGCCUCGUUACCUACUACUUGAUGAUGUCUGGCGCAAAGUCCGCCGUUACGGAGGGCAAUGUGGGGCUUAACAAGGAGCAGACGGCGCAGAAGACGGCUUCGGAACAGGAGAAGCAGUACGACCACGCGUCGCGCGUCGCGGAGCAGCAGAAGGUGCACAGGGAGGGCGGUGGUAUCCCCAGCGCCAAGGACGGCCGCUAGUGUACUCUACCAGACAAAUAGCGAAACGACAAUGUGUAGAAUAUGCAGAAGUGUAUUGGUAGA